UAUAUAAAACCAUUUUAUCUUAAAAAGUGUGUAGUGAAUUGAGGUAUCGAUAUGACGGCGACAAACGAAAAUUCCGUCGAUGAAGUAAAAUUUUGGUUGAAAGACGUGUUUAAGGAUGAAAAUUUAAAAGUUAACGUAUUAGGAAAUUCGGAAAAAGGUGAUGGUUAUAUGGGUGACAUAGUUUUCGUAACAGCAGAGGGAACCGGAAAGGAUAAAUCAACAAAGAAGUAUGAUUUAGUUUUAAAAUGUAGCAAGAAAAGUCAAGCGUUACGAGACAACUUUCCAGUGAAGGAGGUUUUCCUGAAUGAAAUCUAUAUGUACGAAACGAUAUUUCCCUAUUUUUCCAAGUUCCAACAGGAAAAGGGAAUAAAAGCUCCAUUUGACAGCUUUCCAAAAUGUUAUGGUUCUUUUACUACCGAAAAUAUGGAGGUUAUUGUAUUGGAAAAUCUUAAGAGGAUUGGUUAUGAAUUGUGGCCAAAAAGAGAUCCCUUGUCGAGAAAGCAUAUCGAUAUGGUAGUCACGCAAUAUGGUAAAUUUCAUGCUAUUUCCCUAGCUCUUCAAAAGGAACGACCUGCCGAAUUUCAAGAAUUUGUUGACACACUAACAAAGUUGUUAAAGAAAUUUGAAAUAACAGAUAAUGUAAAAACCCUUUUGUCGACCCCCGUCAUUGAAUCAUAUGAACUGCUCAAAAAUGAUUUGAAAAACGACAUCCUCCAAAAGUGGAAAGGAUUAAAAGAUGAGGUAGAUUCCUUCUAUAAAAAAUCACCCGACACUUUACCAGGGCUUAAAGUGAUAUCACAUAGUGAUUGUUGGAAUAAUAACUUCAUGUAUCUGCAUCAGAAAGGCGACUUGAAAAUUCCCUUGAAAGUAGCAUUUCUUGAUUGGCAAAUGGCAAAAUAUAUGUCUCCCAUUAUGGAUCUAUCCUAUUUUUUGUUUUCUUGUAUUUCAGAAGAAGAUUUAGAAGAAUUAGACGAUAUUUUAAUUACGUACCACAAGUCUUUUAUUAAUCAGUUGCAUGAAUUAGGCGUGAAGGAUCCACGUGUUGUGUAUCCGCUCAGACAACUUUUAAACGACUGGAAAAGUUAUUCUAAGUAUGGCGUUUUGUCAGCUAGUUUGGUUCUCAAGAUAAUUCAUACAGGGAAGGAUGAAGUCAAGGAUAUAGGUGAUGUUGCCGAAAGUGGACAAGAUUUUACUGCAGCAUUUGACAGUAAAAUUAGAGAUACGGAAAAUUACAAGAAACGUAUUCGCCCUAUUGUAGAGUAUGUUGUUAAACAUGAAUUAGUAUAAUUUUUUGUAAGUUGUACUAAAUAUAGUUUGCCUCAUA